AUGGUUCUUCUCGUCACCUCCGACAACGAACAAUUCAACGCCGACAAGGAUGUUGUCGAGCGCUCGGUUUUGAUUAAGAACAUGCUUGAGGAUGUUGGCGAGUCUGACCAGCCCAUCCCUUUGCCCAAUGUCUCAUCCAGUGUCAUGAAGAAGGUUCUGGAGUACUGCGAACACCAUCGUGGCGAGCCCCUUCCCGCAGCUGACGCUGACCAGAGCCAAGACGAGACGAGAAAACGCACGACUGAUAUCAGUGAAUGGGACCAAAAAUUCAUUACGGUAGACCAGGAGAUGCUGUUCGAAAUCAUUCUUGCGGCCAAUUACCUCGACAUCAAAUCACUUCUCGAUGUUGGAUGUAAGACCGUCGCUAACAUGAUCAAGGGCAAGACCCCCGAGGAGAUUCGCAAGCUCUUCAAUAUUGUUAACGACUUCACACCCGAGGAGGAGGCCCAGAUCAAGAAGGAGAACGAAUGGGCAGAGGACCGAUGA